CUACAACGCAAGAAUACUAAGGGUGGUAAUCUGUUCCAACGGGCGGUGCAUCAAAUAUCGUCUUCACCCGUUCCUAAUCAACAAGCGAGUAUAGGUUUAAAUGACAAAGGCCUGCUGCCUGUCACCGAAGAAGACGGACAACUGUCGAUAUACUCGGCAAUGUUGAUCAUGAAGAUUCACGCCGAGGCAGUAAAGCGAUCUGUCGGUCUUAGCCUUCCAACUGACUUAGCCAAGAAUGCCAGCAUAUUAUUCCACGUACUGUUGGAUAGCAUCGGAAGACAAUAUGUAGAGACGGCGCUUGAAACAACAAUCGAACAGCUUGCUGCAAUGGACGGAAAGACGGACCCGGAUUUUAAACCGUUGACCAGCCUUAAAGUUGCUAAAGACAUAAUGCAUUUGGCACAAAAUCACUUUCAAAUCGUCAUCCUUCCUCUGGCCUCUGCCUCUCUCACAAUUCAUCGCGACUUGAUAGCUGAAAAAAAUAAAUUUAUGCUUGGUUUGGAGAACAAGAUGAAUAUGGCUGUCCAGAAAAUGGUUGAUGGUAUUAAUUCAUUACAUUUCAAAUUCGACUUGGUGACUGAGACGUUAUCGAAGAAGACUGAUUUUCGUCCCAAAGAUGGUGAUGACUCUAUAUUGAGUCUGGCCACUGGGGUUCAUUCGGGUAUAGGGCCUCAUAUUGAUGGUAAAAACUUGGAACAUUUCUUGACUGAAGUUGGAAUGGCCUUCCACAGUAUGUUGCUUGAACAUUUCCGCAAGUUUACUGUUAGUCCCGCCGGUGCACUGGUUUUAACAAAGGACAUUGCAAAAUAUCAAGAAGCAAUAGCGCAGUAUAAGAUUGCCGCCCUCGAUGAAUGUUUCGAAAUGUUACGCGAAAUCGGCAAUCUUUUCGUCGUUAAAUUAGACAUUAUCCCUUCAGUAUUAAGUGAGGGAUUCCUUUCAAAGAUCGAAGUGCAGCAUCUACAACCGUAUCUUGCUGCAAGGACUGAUUUCAAAUCAGGGGGAAUAGAGAAACUCAUAGUCGCUAAUACGGGUGUGGGAGGAAAUUCAUUCAACGAAAAGGCUAGGGAUAAAUUGGCAGCAAUAGGCAUUGGAAUGGGACUCGGGAGAGAAGUUGAGGGGAUUGCAGAGUAG